GACGGUGAAAGGUUGUGGCUCUGUGGAUUGCUGUGAACCUCGUCAUUUAGUGAGAUUAGAUGAGGGAAUGAUAAAACUGUGUACGAUGAGGUUCUUUUCUGGAAUAAAACAUUUAUGUAGCGGAGUGUCCUCCUACAUUUCUAAAAAAGGCUCUCCAGAUUGGCUGGCCCAUAAUCGUGCACAAUGGAUAAGAUUAUGUUCCAGGACAUCAGAAAUUAUAAAAGAAAGCAAUCAAGAUAGUAUGAUACUAAAGCACCUGAUUUUAAAAAUAAAAUCAACAGGCCCGAUUUCAGUCGCAGAAUAUAUGAGAGAAGUUUUAACCAAUCCUGUCACAGGAUAUUAUCAACACAGGGAUGUUCUAGGACCACAAGGAGACUUCAUUACAUCACCUGAAAUUAGUCAGAUAUUUGGAGAACUACUUGGAGUGUGGUGUGUAAGCGAGUGGAUGGCUGCUGGCAAACCAAAAACAUUUCAACUAGUAGAACUUGGGCCUGGCAGGGGUACUUUAGCAAGUGAUGCUCUAAGGGUUUUCAGCCAACUUCAUUCUGUGCUGAAGGACUCUGAGAUUUCAGUGCAUUUAGUUGAGGUGAGCCCUAAGCUUAGCGAAGUUCAGGCGCAGCUUCUGACUGAAGGAGAGCACCAUUUACUACACGAUCCAAAUGGUGCAAUUUAUAAAACAGGUACAACCAAAACAGGACUUCCAAUCUCCUGGUACAAGGAUCUACAGGAUGUGCCUAAAGAAUUCAGCUUUUAUAUUGCGCAUGAGUUUUUUGAUGUACUUCCAAUACACAAGUUUCAGAAAACAAAGCAUGGCUGGCGUGAAAUAUUGAUUGACAUUGAGCCCAACUCCCCUGGAAAACUUCGGUUUGUUCUAGCACCUCAUGCCACUUUGGCUUCCAAAACAUUAAUUCAGCAGAGAGAUGAUGAAAGAGACCAUAUAGAGAUAUGUCCUGAGGCUGGUAUCAUUGUUCAGAAUCUGGCCACCCGAAUCACUGAAGAUGGGGGAGCAGCACUAAUAGCAGAUUAUGGCCAUAAUGGAACAAAAACUGACACAUUUAGAGGUUUUCGUGGACAUCAGCUACAUGAUGUGCUCACAGCACCUGGAACUGCAGACUUGACAGCAGAUGUUGAUUUCAGCUACCUUCGGCAAAUGACAAAGUGUAAAGUGACUUCGCUAGGACCAAUUCCACAGCAUGAGUUUUUGAAGAAUAUGGGCAUUGAUGUGAGACUUCAGGUACUGCUCAGGAAUGCAUCUGACCCAGCCACACACACAGAUUUAAUUGAUUCCUAUGAUGUGAUCAUGAAUCCUGAGAAAAUGGGGAAUCGAUUCAAGUUUUUUGUUUUGUUGCCUUGUAAUAGAUUAAUUUCAAGCCAAGAUACAAAGAAUAUGAAACGUGGUCCAAUGACAUCACCUGUUGCAGGAUUCAGUGAACUGCAGUUGUAAAGAAAGACAUUAGCCUCACCUUGCUAGAUAAAAAAGUAUCAGGUUUUGGCUUGGUAUCGUUGUUUGUAACAUCAAAAACAGACAAUUUGCACAUAUGCCAGCGGAAAAGUGCACCUUAACUUAGAGAAUGAAAGGCAAACCUCUUCGUACCAUGUAAAUUCAAGACUCAAGCUUCAUAAAUUAAAUUAUUUUCCAAUAAUGAUGCGGUUUGUGUUUUUAAUAUUACAAAUUGUAGCUGUUAUUCAAAUAAACUAGUUAAAUUGCAUUUGUACAUUCUACAGAUGGUACACACUGCAGCCCUCAAAUCCAAUGGUUCAAGGAGUGUACACUGGCAGAUUCUGUGGAAUAAUUGUACGUUGAGACGGUUUAAUUUAGGUUGAGUAGCAAUGAGUUAAAAUAGUACAUGACUAGGGGCACGAAGUGGAGAAACUUUAGCUUUAUGAAACAGUGCAUGUUGUUGUAACUACACCCUGCUUUUCUUAGUCUGAGAACUCACGUUGGGUAGAUAGCAAAAAGCUAGAGCUCGCAGCACCUGUACACGCUUAUCUUCACCGCAUUCUGCUUCAAUUAAUGUAUGCCUGGUUGCCUAAGUAAUGAUCUUGCUUUGCUAGACCUAAGUACAGUUGCAUUUUGUUUAGCUUGUUUGUACCGCUGUAUGAACUCUGCUUUUUUUAUAUGCUUGUCGGAGUCUUCAGAGCCUGACCUUUAGUCAGUGUUGACUCUCCGUGAUAUCACCAAUAAAAUCUC